AUGUACUUGCUAUUGCAUGAGUCUCUCAGUCUUUUUGUCUCUGUGCUUUGGAAAAAAGCUAAAGGAGCUUCAAACCAGGAGCAAAGUAACUAUGAAGUUCAGGAGAUGCUUAAAGAUGCUAAGCAACAAGCUUUGAGCACUCUCAAACCUCUUUCAAGAGUCACUUGGCAACUGAAUUUGAAUGAUAUGGCCUCAGACUCAGAGGAUAAGUCAGAAUCAGAAUCAGAAUUCUCUGAGGAAGAGAUUCUGAAGACAAAGUCCAGAACUUCAAUGAUGGCUGAGGAACAGAUCAUUGAAGUGAUUCAGGCCUGUCAUAAAAUAGGUUCAAAAACUUACAAGAGUACACACUGGUUAAAUGCUGUAAAGUUCAGUGAUAUAGAAUCUGGUCUUCUUGAUAUGGUGGCCUUCAUUUGCAAACCUGAUACCUCCCUAGAGUUAUCAUCAGAUCACCUUGCUACUAGUUUUAGACAACAUCAGUGGAAGAAUAAAUUUGGUCUUAUAUUUAGUCUGUGGUCACUUGGGCUUCCCACUAGCAGUACUGCAUCUCAGGCAUCACUGGAGCUUUAUACUAUUGUCAAACUCAUGCUUGACAAAGGAUCCAACAAAAAGGCUAAGAAAUUUCCAUUAGGACAGGCCUUUAUCCAAGCACUAGAUGAACUUGACAAUACCCAUUGUUUAAUUCCUACUGCUUCUCAGCCACUUGCAGUAGGCUUUCUAAACAAUGAGGAGUUAUUUAUUCAAGCCUAUCACUCUUGGUUAUACCCCUCCAUAAUUGCUCGUGGCUAUUCUGUAAAGCAUGAGCCUAAAAAGUUAUAUUCUCUCAUCAGCUCACAUGUUCUAAAUCGAGACACAUUUGCAAAGUCUAAGAUUUCUUUGAAAUCUUGGAGACUCACCUGCAUCAUAAAUGAAGUCAUUGAAUAUCGAGAACAGAUCAAAAGGGUCAGGCAGGAAGUAUUUUGGAUUAAUAAAGCUCAAGAAACCUUGAAAGUACAGCAACCUCUUACUGACAGUGGACAACAAGGUAUAGUUAAUCUUACAUUCUAG